GCCUGGCGGGAGGGCGGCUGCGAUCCGCCGCGGCCGGCGAUGGGAGAUGGAAGGAGCCGGCGGUGCGGCAGAAGCACUUGUGUGGGAUAAUGAUGUAUCGGCUCACGCCCAGACUGUUGCCAAGGCCAAAUAUGAGUUUUUAUUUGGCUUGGAAGAAGACAAGCCUUCAGAAAUGGGUAGUGGCCGUGGAAGCAACACUUUGCUCCCUCAUACCAUCAUCAAUGAAUUUCCAGAGUAUGGCACUGUAGAGCCAAGUGGAGAGGCUCUGAGGGCUCCAUUACCGCGCCAGGCAGAGCCUGUGACACAUGGUCCAGAAAGACGGGACGGUCACCACCGGGUUCCUGGCAGGCCCCUUCCUCAGUGUGCGGCUCCGGCAGACAAUUCGAGACCUGACACAGGGGCAGCACAGCUGCACGCCCCAGAAGAAGGUUUGCAACCUGCGGGUAACCUGCCAGAGAUUAUGAAAAUCUCUCGACGUCUGGAAGCAACAAAGGUGCAAGAGAGAGCAAAUACUCUUGAUUCAGAGAUGCAAAUGGAAAAAAAGAGCGUUACUGGCAGCCAAAAUGCGCAGGCAGCCAGAGAACCAGUUCCAGCAAGCCAAGAAAAACCCUCAGACAUGCCUCUUCCAUCUGAACGAACAGCUGAGGAAAAAAUGCAUUUGAUAGUAGAGAAAGAUCUGGCUGCAAUAUGGACUGGGGAAAAGCAGUCCGAGUCCUUGCAAGCCAUCAGUAAUGAAGCCGAGGAGGUCCACGCAGCACAGGAGACAAGCUGUCAUAGACCAUCUGCGACAAACCUGGAAACAGCCAGCAGAGUGGAGGGGUGGGCGCAUUUUGAGGAGUUUUCAGCGUACAGUCAAGGCAAAAUGCAAAUGGGUCCUGAGAGGAGGCUCUCUAAAGAGGCAGCUGUGAGCAAACAUGUAGAAUUUCAAGGGGUGGAGAUUUUAUGGCUGCAAAAAGCCGAGGAGCAGAAAAGAAAGAAGCACUCACUGCUGGAGACUGUGUCCGUGGAGAGGAAGACGUUCCCCAAAACAUCCAGCCACCCUGCACCACUGGUGGUCUCGCCAGGCUUGGUCUCCUCUCCGGACAGCACACGGAGGAGGGAGGUCUGUGAGGACCCAAGGCUGGGACACGCUGCCUCUGGAGCCACUCCUCUGGCGCUGCUCGAUGAAAGUGGCGAGGAUGAAGUUUUUGUGAAGGAUGAGAAGCACAGCGAGGAGGAGAUGGCUGCGCUAGUGAGAGGCCAGGGCAGGGUGAUGGAGGAGGGAGAAGCAGCCACGGGAGGAUACGAAGAUGUCCUUGGGCAGAGGCACUCCGACGUCUCCACUGAUCUGUACAGCUCGCAGUUUGAAAACAUCCUGGACAAUGCAUCUUUAUACUACAGCGCAGAGUCGCUGGAGACGUUGUACUCGGAGCCCGAUAGCUACUUCAGCUUUGAGAUGCCACUCACGCCCAUGAUCCAGCAGCGCAUGAAGGAGGGCGGCCAGUUUUUAGAUCGGACGCCAGCCUCCGGGCAGCCAGAGUUCCUGCAGCUUCCCCCUGAUGGGGAGGUGAAGGGCUGUGGUGAAGGCAUCGCCAAUGGCUUAAGGGAUGUUAGCGAAACACUCUUCAGAGGAGACGUCACAGAAGUCCCUCGUUUGGCAAGCAAUGCUGAGCUGCAGAAUACAGUGUUAGACUCCAGUGCUGCCAUGGGGAGCAAUGAACUUCAGGAGAAAGAUGCCACCGGAGCCCUUGGCCACGAUCUCAGCAAUGGCAGCAGCAGCAAUUUGGAAGCAGCCAGGCGCCUGGCUAAGCGCCUCUACCAUCUGGACAGAUUCAAACGCUCCGAUGUGGCAAAGCAUUUGGGUAAAAACAAUGAAUUCAGCAAACUUGUGGCCGAAGAAUACCUUAAGUUUUUUGACUUCACGGGCAUGACGCUGGACUACUCACUCAGGACUUUCUUUAAAGCCUUUUCACUUAUUGGAGAAACUCAGGAACGUGAGAGAGUUUUAAUCCACUUCUCCAGCAGAUACUACCAGUGCAACCCAAACACCAUUUCUUCUCAAGAUGGAGUUCACUGUCUCACAUGUGCCAUGAUGCUGCUGAACACAGACCUGCAUGGCCACAACAUUGGGAAAAAGAUGACCUGCCAAGAGUUCAUUGCUAACCUCCAGGGGAUGAAUGAUGGCAAAGACUUCCCGAAAGGGCUGUUAAAGUUCCUCUGCAGGGAAUUGGGAAGUGCCAUUAGCUUUCUUCUCCUCCAUCCCAUACGCUCACUUUUGGAAAUGAUUGGAGUUAACAGUGUUCAGAGCACCAGCAAAGUCCGGGUGAGAGCCACAGGUUCGGUGAAAUACUCCCGAGAAGAAUCCCUCUGGCGACAGUCCCAUCGGUCAAAAUCUAUGAAAAUCUCCAACUCCUCUGAGUUUUCUACUAAAGAAAGCAAGGCCCUCUACAAUUCAAUCAAGAAUGAGAAGUUGGAAUGGGCAGUGGAUGAAGAAGAGAAAAAAAAGUCUCACUCAGAAGGUACAGAUGAAAAGGAUAAUGGGAGCCAGACAAAGGCUGUCAGUCGAAUUGGCAACUCAAAUAACCCAUUUCUGGACAUCCCUCAUGACCCCAAUGCUGCUGUGUAUAAAACUGGAUUUCUGGCUCGGAAAAGCCAUGCAGAUAUGGACGGAAAGAAAACUCCCCGGGGAAAGAGAGGCUGGAAAACCUUUUAUGCUGUGCUGAAGGGAACGGUCCUGUACUUGCAGAAGGAUGAAUAUAAGCCAGAAAAGGCUUUGUCGGAGGAAGAUCUGAAGAAUGCAGUUAGUGUGCAUCAUGCGCUGGCAUCCAAGGCAACAGACUAUGAGAAGAAACCCAAUGUCCUCAAGCUUAAAACAGCAGAUUGGAGGGUCCUGCUUUUCCAAGCCCAGAGCCAAGAAGAAAUGCAGACCUGGAUCAACAAGAUUAAUUGUGUGGCUGCCGUCUUCUCUGCACCACCAUUUCCAGCAGCAAUUGGCUCUCAGAAGAAGUUCAGUCGCCCACUCCUGCCAGCUACCACAACGAAGCUAUCUCAGGAUGAACAGCUGAAGUCCCAUGAAGCUAAGCUGAAGCAGAUCUCCACUGAGCUUGCUGAACAUCGCUCCUAUCCUCCUGACAAGAAGCUCAAAGGCAAGGAAGUAGAUGAUUACAAACUGAAGGACCACUAUCUGGAGUUUGAGAAAAAUCGCUAUGAGAUUUACGUUGGCCUCCUGAAAGAAGGGGUGAAGGAGCUGCUGAGCGGAGGAGAGAACGAUGCGCCAGGACUGAAGAAAUCCCAUUCGAGUCCCUCCUUGAAUCAGGAGUCUCCAGUUAGUGCCAAGGUGAAACGCAAUGUCUCGGAGAGGAAGGACUACAGGCCAGAAACACCCAGCAUUAAGCAGAAGGUCACUUAGGGUGGAAAUAGCAACUAGGGGAACAGCCAUGCAGCAAAGUACCGGUGGUCAAAAUUUUUUCAUUUAAUAACCUGUCAUUCACAAAAAAUAAGUGCAUCUGCCUGAAUGGGGUGUUAGUGACAUUUUCUAUUGUAUAUUUUGCUGUUUCUGUGCAUAUUGUGGGAGAUGUCUCUGCUCCUGCUUUGCUUUGCUUUGUUAAUUUGUCAUUUAGCAAUUGAAGCAUCGGGACUUUUUUGUGUUGUUCUGUUUCUAAAGGAGGUGGGGGAGGGGUAGAGAGCUGUGAGGUAUAUUCUGUCUCUUCCCCGUUUAUCUCCUCCCAUCGGCACGUGGCUUUCAUCUCUCAAGUCACUUGUCACUUUAUUUACGUGGUGGGUGGGAAAGUAACUGGACAAAUGCUGCAGUGCUGUGAAUGCAGGCUGUAGCUGUGAGGAAACGGCUGUGCAGACGGGCAGCUGCAGAAGCAGGCUGGCUAGAGCCAGGGGUGCUGGGAGCACUGGUUUCCUGACAAUGCAGAGCCUGUUGGUACUGGUACUUAGCAGCAGGUGCUACAGUAAGUAGUCGCUGUUGCUUAUCUUCUGCACUGGCCCUGGACCCACGAGCGCAAAGGGACGAAACCUGGAAAUGGCUGGCAAUGCUGGGAUGACAGCUUUGGAAUAAUUUGUUUGCUUCUUUCCAAGCAAAAGAGUCUUCACCUGAGUUAGCAGGCUGGGAGGUAUCCAAACCCAUACCCAUGCUGUCUCUGCGGUCAGGGAGAUUAGGGGUUACCCGGUGAGAAUGAACCUGCGCUUUAAAUUUAUUUGCGGAGGAGGCUGCUGUGGGUGUCAGCCAUUAGCAUUGUAUUUUAAAGACAAAGGGCCUCUGUGUAGUUUUUAACUAUACGCUCUCACUUAGCUGCUAUGUAGAGCCUUAUGGAUAUAUUGUGCCCCGAUGCUUCCCCUUCCAGGAGUUUCCUUGUUGGUGUGCACAUACAGGUGUUUGCAAUUUCUCUGCUAGUGACAAAGCACUUUGCCUUUUCUCUUCAGGAAGGGAUUCUCCUCAGCUCUCUGUUUUCCUGCUUUAGCUCACAUACAGAUGGAAUAGGCCGGUGCAGACCGGAGAAGGGGACAGACCUGUCCUUGCUGUGGGCCAGGUUUUGGUGCUGUCUGGGCUACUCCAUGCCAGGAGGUGGGCACAAGGCAGCCUCCGGUGUGGCACACCCUACCCUCCACCUGCAGGGAACCAGGCUGCCUUGCACCUCCUGUGUACCCUGCACCAGGCUUUCGGAGGGGGGAGCACAGGACAGGGAGAAACUACCGUGGGUAGAACUUUCCAUACCAUCAGUGGUGCCCAGCGACAGGACAAGGGGCAGUGGGCACAAACUGGAACACAGGAAGUUCUGUCUGGACACGUGGAAAAACUUACUUGCUUUGAGGGUGGCAGAGCACUGGAACAGGCUGCCCAGAGAGGCUGUGGAGUCUCCUUCUCUGGAGAUAUUCAAAACCUCACUGACGCAAUCCUGUGCAACCUGCUCUAGGGGAACCUACUUCAGCAGGAAGGGGUGGAGGGGUGGUGGUCUAGAUGAUCUCCAGAGGUCCUUUCCAACCCUUGCCAUUCUGUGAUUCUGUGAAAGGUCCUGUUUGUGCCACAGACCAGUCUUCAGGCACAGGGAGUAGAAAUAUGAUGUAGAGAUCAUUUUCCUGUUUCCCAGCCCCUCUCGCUUGGGCGGCAUCAUGGCUCUGCAGAAGAGUGCUGGCUCACCUCUUGCUUACCACCCUGGGUUUUAAUCUCCAGUUUGAUAGUGACCUGCUGGGUGAGCUUGGGCAGGUCUCUCCCAUUUUGCUUUGCCCUUCCCCUAUGCAGAGUACUACAACCAAACUGGCCUUUCCUGCAGAGCAAUUUGGGAAGUAAUGUUGAGGGCCAGUUGAAAAUUGUUUGUUGCUGUUAUUUUUGUUGUGCCUGGCACGGGGAUGUAAUUCCUGAUGGAUGUAAUUCUUAAUGCAUAAAGAAACGUCAAGAUCAACACAAGGACUGUUUAGAAAUGUGCUGGUGUUUCCAGCGCAAGUAGUCGAUGGGCCACACAUCAAAACAAUUACCACCUGGGUGGAUUUGUGCUCUGCUAGACUUCCCAAAGGGUCCAAGCCAAUUAAUCUAGUUUAUUGAACUGCCAGUUCAGUGGGCAGGACAGGAAGUGAUCAAAGAGAAAAGGGCCUUAACAGGCACCUCGUGACUUGCUUCCCCCACUGAAGACCACCAUGCAGCAGCUUUCUCGGUGUUGUGCUCACUGCUGGCUGUAACAAAGUGUUGUGCUCUCAGAUGCCGGGAGGUGUUAGAGCAAAUUGAUUGCAGUUCGGCACCGAAACCAGAUGGGACUGUUUCCACAGGUGACAGAGGGACGCGCGCAUCUGGCAUCUGCCACUUAGAGAGGCCGCUCCAUGCUAGAAGUCAGGAGGUCGGCCCCUACCCCUGGCAACAUUGCUAAAAACUGCAAAGUCCUGAAAAGAAACUGUCAGUGGUUCCCAAGCACUUGGCCUUUAGAAGUUGUGAAGGCUUACAGUGGGGGCAACGUUCAGUCCUCUUCCUGGAGAAAAGAGAUGCCUUGUGCUGCUGGAGCCAAAGUGAUGUGGUGCAGCCUGCUGUGUUGGGAGACUCUGUGUAGACAGGUGCACGAUAGUGCUCAUUGGGAGGGAUUGUUUGAAUUAAUCAACAUUGAUCAACAGCUCAUGGAGGGGAAACAAAGCCAGGAGAUUCCUGCAGCUGUUCAUCAUGCUCUGGUGGUUAAAAACAAACACAGAGAAAAGAGAGAAGAAGAAAUUCAUUUGGGGAAUGCCAAAUGCACAUUUGAGAAGAAAAUUUGUCUUGUCUUAGAUAGGGUCUUUGGAAGCAUGCAGCAGAAACAAAAAAAUGUGCAGAUUUGUAAAUGGGCCCUGCUUGGCUGUCAGGCCAGGGUUGUCCAGAUGAGUUUCUGGAAGGCAGGCAGGAACUUGCCCAGCAAACCUCUUGUGAUUAUGGAAUGCAAUGCUUUUAAAGGCAAAGAAGUGACAUUUAACUUUUUUUCCUGUCUUUUAAAAUAUUCCGGUUGCUGUAGACUGCAGUUAAAUUGCUGAGCUCAAAAAGAAAUUAUUCCUGUAAAAUGCGUUUCCCAGCUUUGACAUAGAAACUGGAUAAUUCCUCUUCAAAGUCAUUGCAGAGGAGAUGAUUUGAAGCAAUAGGAAAAGUCAAAAAGUGAACUGCAAAAACGUUUAAUUUUUUUUUCAUUAUUUAUUCUCUGUUUUCAUGUAUACUUCUAAAUGGAUUAGGUUAUAUUUUUAAAGUCUCAUCUGGUCUUAGCAAAUGCAGUUUUUCACUACGUUUUUUAGCCAUUAAACGUUUGUUGAGCUUGGAGCACUCUUAGGGAGACUGCUGAGGUGUGCAGAUUAGUUUGCAGAGAAUUUUUCAGGUUCUGCUCAAGUUUUAAUUAAUGCCAUUUUGCUCCAUUGCUUUACAAAUUCUACACAUCCCAGGCACCCAUGUGAAAAUGCUCAUUUCAGACGCUGAGAUAAAGGUGAUCCUGUCAUGAAUGCGUAAGGCUUCUGACUCCCUUCAGAACAGGAUAAUCUACUAAGCAGUACUGUAAUUUGGUUUUUUCCCCCCACUGCUAUUGUAAAGGGUGGAGGCAGGUUCACAGGAGAUCUCAGCGGUGGUGCCACUGGGAGUCUGGACAGAUAGCUUUGCCUGGUACCCUGCCUUUCUUUGCUGAAAUGUUUGCCUCUAGCAGAGAUGAGUGCUUGACCUCCACAACUCAGGAGCCCCUGUUGCAAUGUCUAAGCAUGCUCCGCUGAUUUCCAGCCCUCCUCUGCGACCCACCGUGCACCUGAACUCAGUAUCAGCAGAGCAGCCUGCAGCUUUCUUGGGGGUGCUCAGUGAAAGCAGGAGUUUCUGGCGGACCACCACGAGCGUGUGUGCAUGCAAGUCAGCCUUUGCAUUGGUGCUGCGGGGGGGUGUCAUCCUUCCUUGUCACCCCCCCUCCCCUCGCCGAUGCAGCAGGCAACCGUUACUCAAGCAAGGCUUCUGCCUGCCUGUUGAGAGGGGGGUGCAAGGAGCGGAGCAGGAUGGGGCCAAUGGCUCCUCUCAUCACCCCCACUCAAGAUGCAGGCAGAGGUCCUGGAGGGACGCAUGCUGCUCUGAAGCAUUGCUGGUUUCUCCCCCAUCCCAGGACGGGAUCAUCUCCUCUCUCCAGCUGAGGGAGGAGAGAGGACCUUACCGGCUCUGCAGCUGGCAGCAGAGAGGUGAGGGAGAAGGACAAAAUUGCUUUCCCCUCUCCCUGCUGAGCAAGUGAGAUACUCUCCUGAAGCUAAAACUGUGCUCUCCUCUGUGAGCCAGCGGGAUGCAGCGGUCUGGUUGAGAUGGUUUUCGUUCGGCAGCGGCUGCGAAAGAGACUCUCUGGGCCGGCUGUGUGUUUGUGUGCGUCUUGCAGAUAAAUCAUGCAUGGACCAGUGAACAUGACUACAGCUUUUUAAUCCAGUAUUUAUGUUGUGUCUUUAAUUGAUGUAGAAAGAUAAGUCAGCCAGCAGAGUGAUUAAUGCAGCAUUGCUGGGGGGGAACGCUGUUCAGCUGCGAUGCUGACUCAAAUAGUUUUUCAUCUAUAGCCAGCCACUUGUAAAUGGUUACCAGAAGCUUUCUAAAGGCUUGUAACAGCUCAUCCCUUAAGUGUUUUCCCUCUGAUUCUGCCUGCUCCCAAGGUGCAGUCUGUCCACGUUUUGGGGCUCCUCUGGAGACCAUUGCUCAGUCGAGCCCUGCUCUGAGCAGGAGUUUGGAAUAGCAAACCUCCAGAGACUGGAAUUGUUCAGUGACUUUUCACAGCUCCAAUGCCUUCUGGUAACAAGGCUGGUUGUUCUUCUGGCUUGAAACAGCCAAUAUUUUUGCCUUUCUUUGGUGAAGGAGUGAGGUUCUCGCUUGAUUAGAACAGCUUCUUCAGUGAAGGUGGUUGUGGCAGUGGAGAAAGUCAAAGGUGGCAGGGUUAUCACUGGGCUUCUGGAGGCAUUGCAUGGUAAUGUUCCUCUUGAAAGCAGGGAAGGCUUUCUUUGCAGACAGUGUACCGCUUACCGUGUCUGCAUUCUCCAUCCUUGAAUCAAUUUGGGUCUUAUCGCGGUUAGUCUGACAGCUCCUCCUCCUUUUCUGUCAAGCUGCUCCUGUCUGUCAUCUUAGCACCUCAGCUGCUUCUGUGUAACAGGUCUCUUUCCUUCCAUGCUUGCAGAAAUCCAGAAAAUUUGACUGUCCCAUCUUGCCUUGAGAAAACCUGCUCUGAAGCAGCACUGUGUUGAAUACAUAACCCUGGGAACAGCUUUUUCAUUCUGCUCGUUGGGAGCCUGUGUUUCCAGCCACAGUUAUAGCUGGGAGGUGUGAGACAGAGUCCCAGACUGCCGUGAUUCUCUGCCGUUACACUGCAGGGAUGCAACGUCCCCCCUCCCGCACUCAGACCAGAUGCUUGUGACAUUCCAUCUCCUUUCUAAAAGUCUUGGAGACAGAGGCGACCCAUGAUGUGGGGAAACUUUGAAAUGCUAUUUUGCCAGGAGCUGGGUACUUUCCAAAUCAGGCCAUACAUUUUGCAUCCUUUUGGGGAGCUGUUUUUUAAAUAAAUAAAUUAAAAAAAAAAAACAACCCACAACAGAAAAACAAAACCGUUUUCAACCAGUGACCCCCAAGCACAGAGGGAUGGUUGCUGGAAACACUGGCUUCUUUUGCAGAGGCGAAGGCAGCAUACACAUGUUAUCUCAAGCAAUCUUCCAGCUUGCUGCUUGUUAAAACUUUCCCCAGUAUUGAUCUCCUGAGGCUCUGGGACGUCACAUCUUCUCUGAGAGGGCAGUUAUAAAGUCCACAUUUCUCUCCAGAGCACAGCCAGAGCUCCCCAGCAUGUUUUCCCACUGUCUGAUACCUAGGCUGCCUACAGGGGUGAGCCAAAGAAGCUGUCUCAGAAAUACCUUUGAAAGAACUGGUCUCCAACUUGUGCUUUUUUAGAGGAUAUUUUUUAUUGCAUGUAGGAGCAGUGUGCCUGGCCUCUUCUCUCUCCCAGCUGCACCUGGAGCUUCGCUGUGUGUAGGACUCGAACAUUUUUGGGUUUUUGUCCAGUUUUGUUCAACAUAUUUAUCAAGACAAGAGUGGGACAAGACAAGAGUGUAUCCUCAGCAAGUUCACUGAUGAUACCAAAUUGGGAGGACUGGCUAACACUCCAGAGGACUGUGCUGCUAUCCAGUGUGACCUGGACAGACUGGAGAGCUGGGCAGAGAAGAACCUAAUGAGGUUCAAUAAAGGCAAGUGUAUGGUCCUGUACCUGGGGAGGAAGAAUGCCAGAUACCAAUGUAUGUUAGCGGUGGACCUGCUGGAAAGCAGUUCUGAGGAGAAGGAUCUGGGGGUCCUGGUAGAUAGCACACUUUCCAUGUGCCAGCAAUGUGCCCUUGUGGCAAGAGGGCCAAUGGGAUCCUGGGCUGCACAGG